UGUGUGCUAGCGACGCUGGCUGUUUUGAAACCGCCACUCCGUCGCCCUCUCUCUACGUCUUAACAUCGUUUUCCGAUUCAUCCGUUUUUGUAUUUUUUUUCUUUAACCGUUGUUAUACGUGAAAACAACAAUAAUACAGCAGCAUAAUAGUUAAAUCGAGCGGUACGGUUUUAAACUGUGUGUGAGUGUUUAAUUUGUUUAAUCCCAAACCAAAUAAGGCAUUAACUAGUACCAACAACAAUAUCAUCUCUUCAACUACUAAAACUACAACACAAAGCUGAGAGCGCGCCACCAACAACAACAGCAAAAUAAAUAACUGCAAAUGAGCAUACACUAAGAGAAAAAGAAUAACAGAACUAAGAGAGUGUCCAUGCUAAAAAGAGAAAGGAAGAAUCUGCUACUUAAUUCUAAGAGCAAUCUUAAGUACAACUACACGUCAAAAAAGCAAUAAACAAUUGAAGAGAGGAAGAACGAGCAGAAUAACAACAACAAACAACAGCAGCAGGCCAGCUGAGAGCGCUGAGCGCCAAAAGUCGAGGAGAGCGCGCGAGAUCGAAGCUUUCUCCUCAACUCAACUCACCACUCACCUCUACUCACCACGACUCACCUCAUCCCUUAGCACCUUCGGUGUAUUUUCGAGGGUGUAAUUUUUUGUUGAUUCGAAAACAAACACACUCGCAACUCUCAGGAUAUGUACGGCAAUAAUAAUCCGGGUAGUAACAAUAAUAACGGUGGUUAUCCCCCAUAUGGUUACAACAACAAGUCGAGCGGUGGGCGUGGCUUUGGCAUGUCCCAUUCACUGCCAUCUGGAAUGGAUACAGAAUUCUCAUUUCCAAGUUCCUCGUCGCGUCGCGGUUACAAUGAUUUCCCCGGAUGCGGCGGUGGCGGCGGUAAUGGCGGUAGUGCCAACUCCCUUGGCGGCAACAUUAUCAACCUGCCGCCGAUAACCAGCAACAAUUCGCUGAACAAUCUCUGCGGCCUGUCGUUAGGCAGCGGCGGCAGCGACGAUCACCUAAACGAUCCCAGGGCGAGCAACACCAACCUGAUUGUCAACUACUUGCCGCAGGAUAUGACUGAUCGCGAACUGUAUGCCCUGUUCAGAGCCAUCGGACCCAUUAACACGUGCAGAAUCAUGAGAGACUAUAAGACUGGCUACAGUUUUGGAUACGCUUUCGUGGACUUCACGUCCGAAAUGGAUUCGCAGCGUGCGAUCAAAGUGCUUAACGGCAUCACAGUGCGAAACAAGCGGCUAAAGGUUUCCUAUGCUCGUCCAGGCGGUGAAUCGAUCAAGGACACCAAUCUAUAUGUAACCAAUCUGCCGCGCACCAUAACCGACGAUCAGCUAGACACCAUCUUUGGCAAGUACGGUUCCAUUGUGCAGAAGAAUAUCUUGCGUGACAAGCUCACGGGUCGACCGCGGGGCGUGGCGUUUGUUCGCUACAACAAGCGCGAGGAGGCACAGGAAGCCAUAUCGGCGCUGAACAACGUAAUACCCGAGGGCGGAUCGCAGCCGCUGUCCGUUCGGCUGGCGGAGGAGCAUGGCAAGGCGAAGGCGGCGCACUUUAUGUCCCAGAUGGGCGUGGUCCCACCCAACGCCCCUCAGCUGCCGCCACCACCACUUAUUGCUCCUGGACAUAACAAUAUGGUGCACAGAGACGGAGCUAUGGAAAAAUUACGCUCAUUAUUCGAUGCUAUAUGCGAUGCUAUCUUCGGUCUCGAUAGUGAAAACUUUGCCGAGUUGCUUGACGGACUGUACCGCAGGAAGUACCAUUAUCCCUACUUAUAAUUGUCACCGCAACAGCAGCAGCAACUUCUCCAACAACAGCAGCAGGCGUUGGGAUUCACCGGUAGUACCAACACUAGCAAUGCCAUUGGUAAUGGCACUGGUAGCAACAACAACAUGCUACUGUAUCAUCAGCACUACUAUCAACAACAACAACAACAAUCGCAAAUGCCACGCCUGGGCAAUGUUGCUGCUCACAGCUCGAGUCCGAAUGGAAGCAAUAACAACAUUAAUCACAAUAAUACCCACACCAACACCAACACCGCUAGCAGCAAUGCCAACGCCAACGGCAACACCAACAGCUUAGGCUUUAAUACAAUACGCCAGAAUGGAGUGGCUGCCCUGCAUUAUCUGCAGGAGCAGUUGCAGCUACAGCAGCCGCCGGAACCGCCGCAGCAACCGUUACAGCCAUUGCAAAUGCAAUCACCGCCGCCCUUUCAACAACAACAAUCGCAGGCGUCCGGACAUUAUGGCAGCAGUGGCAGCUUAAGCAAUAAUUUGCUUUCGAUUGGAAACAGCUUCAAUUCCAAUGCCUACGGUGGUAAUUACAACAAUGCCCAUGAUGCCAGCAGCAGCAGCAAUAACUUCGAAAACCAUCCCAGCCUCAGAGUUAACCAUUUUGCCACCAGCGGCAUUUACCCCAGUAGCAGCAGUGGCUUCACCAACAAUCCCCCUAGCAACAACAACAGCUUCUCCAAUAGCCGCAGCAACAACACUGGUGGCAAUCCGCAGCCACGCACUAGCAGUACCAACAAUUCUAACAGUCAGAACAACAAUAACCACAAGAAUUCGCUGCAGAACGACUUUAGUUUUCCCAUGUCAGCAAGUGAAAUGGAACUGCAUCAGCAAACUCUGAAGCUGCAGCAGCUACACCUCAGUAAUAGUUUCAACAACACCACACCAACGGCAACAACAUCAGCGGCAGCAUCAACAGUGGCAACAACGGCAGCCACAUCCACUCCAACGACAUCUACGGCGACAACCACAAAUCAAUUUUUAUGGCGGACAUAACCUGAGAGUUGAGAAUCAAUCUUCAAAUUAUAACUUAUAUAUAACAAACGUAUAUAUUUAUAUAAAACUAAGAAACUCUUCGAUUGAUCAUCGUAGUAGCAGCAAAAGCAGCAGCAUUCAUCGAAACCCAAAUUUUUAUGUUCUCAAAUCCCCAAGAAUUACCUUAUUUUUUUUGUUCCUCACUCUAACCCUUAUGUUUUAGUCGGUUUUUUUUUUCUUUUUUGUGCUUUUUUUAUAUAUGGGAGGAAACUUUUUUUUAUAAUUGUAAUUAUCUGUAAGACAAGACACGUAGUAUAUAUAUAUGUAAUGAUUGAUGAGCCUGCGAAGGAGGUAUUUUUUUUUGGCUACACUUAGAGAAAAACAAAAUAUGAGAAGUUUUUUUUGUCACAUAUUUAUAACGUAUAAUCAUAAAAAAAUAUAUACAAAUAUAUAUAUACAACAUACACAUAAAUAUAAACACAUUUAUAUAUCUACUACUACUAUAUAGCUAUAGACGUGAAUACAUAAGCUUUGAUUGUUUUUUUUUCUGUGUCUGAAACUGAUUUUUUUGGCGCGAACUAUGCCGCAAAAACGUACACGGGGCCCGCUCGUGUAUGUUUAUAGCUGAAGUGAAACCAGAUAUAUAUAUGAGUAUAUUAUCUCUUUUUUUUCAUAAUUUAUAAACCCAAUUUUUUUUGUCUAAAUAUACAUCUAUAUAUAUUAUGUGUAACGAACGAUGGAAAUGGCUUAAACAAUGUGUGGCUGGGCAUGCUCAAGUUUUCAGGCUGUUUAUGGAUAAAUGAAAAACAAAAGAAAAACACUUGGCCAGAAAUGUGCUUGAGUGGCAUGGACAGGAAGGAGGAAGGACGAUAGGAGAAAGAGAACCCAGACAAAAUUACACUACACAUACAAUUUUUUGCAUAGCUAUAAUGGAAUGAUACGUGUUUUUUUUUUUACUAAAUAUAAAUACAUUUUAUGAAAACAUUUUUUUUGUUUAGUUUAUUAUACGAAAUAACUAGAGCAUGUUGCAGCAAGAAACAAAAAGAAAAACAAGGAAACGUGUAAGAAAUAACCGUGAUAGAGAGCCUGAAAAUCAGAGGAGACAGCUAACAGUACGGAAGAAAAAUUGGAAAAAGGAUAGGAAAUGAAAGGAUAAUAAAAACAAGAAAGAUAGCACGCAAAAUCCAAGGCACCUGGAGUCGACCUGAGUUUAUUAUUUUUGUUUCAAAACAGCACCCGCCCCGCUUAAAUAUUUUAUUUUUGUAUUUUAUUUCGAUGUUAUUGUUUUUUAUAUUUCAUUUGUGUUCUUUGCCGGUCACUCCUAGGGCCUAAUCAAUUUUUUCGGUGUUGGUGCAUUAACUUAUAAUGGAACAGAAACAAAACAAGAAGAAAAACGACUAUUUGAUGAUACUUUUGUUAGUUCUAUAUAAACCCACAUUUAUUAAUUAUGUUUUCAUGAAAAUUGUGAACAAUUUUUAUUCGUUCGAGGAACCGCCGCCUACUUUUCUGAAUUACAACUUUAUUUUAUUAUUUAAUUACCCUGUCUCUGGCCUACAAAGAAAACUUACAAAAAAAAAAAAAAGAAGAAAAAAUCAGUUAUUUAAGGCAACCUAAUAAACAUUUUCACUACAAACAAA